AUGGCCAUGGCACAAGGCGAGCAGCCAGCUAUCCACCCGUUUUUCCAAAGACAAAGAGGUUCAUACCUCGGAAUUCCUAGACGCACCAUAGAAGAUGUCGUUUCAUCGCAGAGUCCGCACGAAGCUGAAUCCAGGUUACCCGUUCAAUCCUCGGCGCAAUCAAACACCUCCCUGACACGCUCUAUACCUACUCCGCAAUUACUAGAUUCCAUGGCUCUAGAACAUGACCCCAAUUCAGCACGAAGGAAACGGCGAAAGACCGAGGAUGUCAAUGAGGGAACACGCGACGCUUCCACUAAGAAUGAACCACAUCAAGGCGAUAACUCUCUGCUGCUGGAUCAGCCCCUCGCUACAUUAAAUACGUCCGAUGAUAAGGCUCAUUUCAACCCCAAUGCUGGAGCCAACAAUGCCACUCUUCCGCCUCAACCGAGCUCUGCCUCAGACCUCCUCAACCCGGAUAGGGGGCUUUCGGACGCAGCGAAUCAGGCACUACAGUCACGCUCCCCGCCGCAGAAAAAAUUGAAACUCACCGCUAAUGGGAAACUCCUGAGUUCGCCUGUCGCGAAGCAAACGGAUGAUACCCCUCAGAAGAAGAGAAGGAGCAAACGUGCCAAAGCAGGGAGCCAAGGGCCGGAGCAGGGCAAGAAGAAACUGGUGGUCCUGAAAUACGCUAGCGAACCCGACAAGACCAAAAAUAUUGGGCAGCUCAUCAAUAAGAUUAUCUCCGGCCAAACAAAGUAUGUCCCUUCCAGGGCAACUGUUCCACCUGUGCCGGUUGCGCAAAAGCCGCAACCUCCAAAACCUACGCACCCGUUCUUCUUGAAACCUGCUCCGCGCAAACCUGACCCUUGCGCUGAAACCUUACCUCCGUCAAAUCUCAGCCAAGGAAUACCCGGCACGACAUCAAUAUCAGAGGCAAAGCCUGAUGUUACCAGGUCUGCCAGCCGGCCGAUGCUUUUCUCGUCAUUCAGGCCACGCCCAAAGUUCCCUGAAUCAAUCCACCCGGUUUGGCCCCCUAAGGGCCUUAGUCACCUUCGAGGCAUUCCCGGGGACUCAGAUCGGCAGGAAGAAGAUUUGAGUUAUCCUCUGAAUAUUGAUCAGAAGAAAGCAAAGAUGGCUGCGGUUCAGGUACUUGAUGAGGAAAAUAUACUACGUACGUGUACAGAUUUGAAUAAGGAUGUCCCGGCAGCCUUACGUUUACCUCAGAGGCACACAGCGAGCGGAAGGGAUCUGCAGCAAGCAAUAGUACCUGAGCUUUCCGAAUCCACCUUUGCAGAUGGAACGAAUUCAAUUGUCAGUCAUCCUGCCAUCUCAAGAGUGUUCUCGUCAAUUCCACAAUCUUCGACUGCGUUCGAUCGAGGCGAAUACGACAUGAGCUUGUGGACUCAAAAAUACGCUCCUGAGUCUGCAGCGCAGGUUCUUCAGAUGAGCAAAGAACCAAUGAUGCUGCGGGACUGGUUGAAAUAUCUUAUGAUAUCCGCCGUGGAUACAGGAAAACCUGCAAAAGACAUUGAGAAAGCCAAGGAGAAGGGUGACGAUAAAAAGCGGAAAAAGAAGCGCAAGAAGGCUGACCAGCUUGACGGAUUCAUUGUCGACAGUAGCGAUGAUAAUAUUGAAAUGAGCGAGGUUACUGCAUCCGACGAUGACGAGUUAGCCGGUGGAAUAACAGUCUCUUCCAAAAAGACAGUCAUUCGGUCGGGUGACUCGGACGGUGUUUGGAGAUCCGGUGCAGGAAAACACCGUACGUCCAAUGUAAUACUCCUCAGUGGUCCUCCAGGAUGCGGUAAGACUGCCUCCGUGUACGCAGUGGCCAAGGAGCUUGAUUUCGAAGUUUUCGAGAUCCACCCUGGUAACCGACGAAGUGCUAAAGACAUCCUGGAGCGUGUCGGUGACAUGACACAGAAUCAUCUUGUGCAUAAAGUGACCGCUGGUGAGGAUACUUCAAAUAAUCCCUCGCUGGGCGUCGGCCUUGAGGCUCCAGAAUCAGACGAAAGCAAACAGAACAAGCUCAUGGGGUUCUUCAAGCCUGCUGUUGGGAAGAAACCCAAGCAGGACAAGAAAACCGGUCAAAAAGAUUCGCAGCAGGAGAGCGAUUCAAAACGGGCACGGAGUCAGAAGCAGUCCCUCAUUCUGCUAGAAGAAGCGGAUAUCCUCUUCGAGGAGGACAAGCAGUUUUGGCCCGGGGUUAUGGCCCUCGUCAGCCAGUCCAAGCGUCCCAUCAUCAUCACUUGUAACGAUGAAAACCUCAUCCCCCUAGAAGAAAUCUCUUUUCAUGCAAUCUUACGGUAUAAGCCGCCACCCCAGCGUUCUGCUGUGGACUACCUUCUCGUCCUCGCAGCAAAUGAGGGCCAUAUGCUCAAGAGGGAAGCUGUCGACGACCUAUACCUGGCUACGGGAAGGGAUCUUCGGAGAACGAUCAUGGAUUUGAGCUUUUGGUGCCAGAUGGCCAUCGGAAGCGAAAAAUCAGGGUUGGACUGGAUAAUAGAUCGAUGGCGAAAAGGCGCAGAGAUUGAUCAGGAUAGUGACCAAUUGCGGGUCGUAAGUCUCAAUACUUACGAACCCUCUAUGGGCUGGUUCAAUCGCGAUAUGCUAUUGGACAACACACUCGACAGCCGCAUUGAGUCAACACAAGAAUUAUUGCACUGGUGGCAAGUUAGCCUGCAAGAAACAGAGGAAAUGGCGGGCUCGAGCUCUGGGAUUUUGUCCUCGGCAGGGACAACCAACUUUGACGCCACAAACAUCGAACGUCUUCAAAGGCUGGAGCUUCAGUCUGAUUACGCCGAUCUGCGGAGUGUUCUGGAUGUACUUUGCGCUCGAUGCUCUCUCGACCAAAAGCUGGACUCGAUUGACAACACAAUACCUGCUACGUCUGAGAAGCAAAGAGCGAACUAUAUCGAGGGUUAUCCACUGCUGCAGGCGGAUCUCGUGCCCGAUUACUCUUCCUUUCUGGCAAGCAUUGGAAGUACAUUCGAGGUCUUUAUGGGUCGAACUUUCCGAGACGAGCAACAAAAAGAUAUUGAAGCUUCUCAGGCACGGAACGUCUUGCAGAAUGUUGUCGCACCGCGGCGUGCCGGCACAUCCAAAGCGACUUUUCUAACAGCGUUGGAGCCUCUCAGGCGAGCCGAUCAUCUUUUCCCUCCCCCUCCAGGCCGGCUAGCACCCUCGGUUGAAAAUAGGCUUGGGCCCCUCUCUGAGGACCUAGCACCGUAUAUCCGUGCUAUAAUGGCGUUUGACCUUCGUUUAGAACAGUACCGACUACACUUGAGCGGUCUCCUCUCCGAGAACGACGGUGGAAACAAGAGAAUGCGAAAGACAAGGGCAAAAACACGAAAAGAACGAUGGUUUCCGCCUGGUACCAACCCAGCGUUGAUCCUAGCUACAGGGAAUAAGGAGUGGCAGGAUCUCUUGGUUCGAACCGGGCAUUUUACAGUGACCUCGAUGAGAGAAUCCAGCAAGGAGUGCAGCGAUCUUGCGUCAGAGAGCUCAGACGACGAUUGCUUCUGUGGCCCUCCGUGGUGGCCGCCACUUAUCUCUCUCCCAGCCUCCGACCGAACUCCGCUUCCCCAAACCUCGAACUGGGAUCAUCGCCAACGAACCCAAGAACCCUCUAUGGGUGAUUCAGUCCAUCAGAGGUCCAGGUCUUCGCUUUUCGCCGAUGAGCCAUCGUUCGGUGGAGCUGGAGCUGGAAGCUCCGCCAACCUGGGCUCGUCCUCCCUCUUCGCCGAUGACGACGGGUUCCAGUCGAGCUCGCCCUGGAAUAGCAACGCGAGCAAACGGGCCGCCAGACACGAGCUCGUGAAGACUUUGCUGCCCGACGCGGAUGUUCCCGAGAGCUAUGUUGACGCAUAUGACCUUGUGCUUAAUGAGGGGGAUCGUAUACUGUCGAGCAGCGGGCUCAGUGCCAGCGACCAGGCCAAGAUUUUUAAUCUCGUUGUUUCAGGUGAUGGCGAUAGCGCGAAUGGGCUUGGUCGGGGCCAGUUCAACGUCCUCCUAGCGCUGAUUGGCCUUGCGCAGGAAGGGGAGGACCUUACGUUUGAUGCGGUGGAUGAUCGACGCAAGAAGCUUCCGCUACCGAAAAGCUCCUACCUUGACAGACUGCGCGACAGGCAACACCCCUCUGCACCUCCUCAUCCGGAAGAACGGCCCACCACUCCUCCUCCUCCUCCUCCUCCUCCUCCCGCGGCCAUGAAUGAUCCGCCUUCCGCGCGCUCGCGACAGUCCAGAGAAUCUUUGGGCGGCUUGGAGGCUGAUCCGUGGGGUAGCCCCCAACUACACCGCGGUCAUAACCAUGCGCAAACCGAAUCCGAGCCUCCAGUCCUCAACGGCUUUGGAAGCGUGCGAUCAGCGACCAAUGCCUGGUCUAGCAGGGCUGCCGAGGAUGAGACACGACAUGAAGUACCGAGCGGUCCUCGUGCCAACGGGCGGACAGACGGUGUGCCCUCCACCAGCUCCGGGUCUGGAUGGGGGGAGAGUUAUGGCAAUACAACAGCUGGUGAUGGCUUUGGCGGACCGGUCCGAGCUGGACUUGGAAAUCUCGGUGCUCCCAGUAGUGGGCAGGAAGAGUCCAAUGCCCGACGGCCAUCGGGCAUCGGCAUCUCUACGAGUUCACAAGUGGAGGAGACUGUGACAGUCAACCUGCUGCCUGAGAAGGAGGGCAUGUUCAUGUUUCAGCAUCGCAACUACGAGGUGAAAUCGGCUCGAAGAGGUAGCACAGUGAUUCGACGAUACAGUGACUUUGUCUGGUUGUUAGAUUGUCUGCAGAAACGAUACCCAUUCCGACAACUUCCUUUACUUCCACCCAAGAGAAUUUCAGUCAAUGGCACUCACCUUUCAGCGGAUUCAAACUCGUUCCUUGAGAAGCGGCGCCGAGGCCUCGUGCGGUUCACCAACGCACUCGUUCGUCAUCCUGUUUUGAGCCAGGAGCAACUCGUGGUCAUGUUCUUGACGGUUCCUACGGAACUCUCGGUCUGGCGCAAACAAGCCACGAUCUCGGUCCAAGACGAAUUCACGGGCCGGGUCCUCCCUCCUGAUCUCGAGGACUCAUUACCCGCCAAUUUGACGGAUAUUUUUGAAACAGUUCGUAGUGGCGUGAAGCGCUCCGCCGAAAUCUACAUCAACUUGUGCACAUUGCUCGAGCGAUUAGCCAAGCGUAACGAGGGACUUGCCGCGGACCACCUGCGGUUCUCGCUCGCAUUGCAGUCACUCACAGAAGUAACUAAGGAUACAUACGCUGUGGAUACCAAUGACGUUCCUAUACUCAACGAGGGCAUCAUGGCUACGGCCAGGCACCUCUCCAAUAGCCAGAGUCUGUUGGAGGACGAAGCCAGAGCAUGGGAAAAUGGUGUACUGGAGGACUUGAAGUUCCAGCGGGAUUGCCUUGUCAGUGUGAGAGAGAUGUUCGACCGACGGGACCGAUACGCACGUAACAACAUACCUCAACUGGAGCGACGGAUUGAGAGCAACGAGCGGAAGCUGCAGGAAUUGCGGUCACGCCCUCAAGGGGCGGUGAAACCCGGGGAAAUUGAGAAGGUCGAAGAGUCGAUAUUCAAGGACAAGGAAUCAAUUGUGCAGCAACACGCGAGAGGAGUCUUCAUCAAAGAGUGCAUCCGAGAUGAGCUGGUACAUUUCCAGCGGAGUCAGUAUCACAUCAGCCGACUUCAUCAGGAUUGGAGCCAGGAGCGAGUGAAAUACUCCGAGCUGCAGGCCGACAAUUGGCGGUCAUUGAGUGAUCAGGUGGAAGGAAUGCCUUUGGGCGAGUGAUGCGAGAGUUGUUGCUUUAUUUUUCAACCGUGUCUACCCAGCAUGUCUAUGUUAUUUCGCUGUUGCUCAGCCUGUCGCUAUUGGAUAGUUGAUUUCUUUUUCAGUAUGCUUGAUCGAUGGACCUUUUCAGUCUGGACUGAUGACUGUGUGAUCAUUUUGAGUACGGUAUCUGGUAAGGUAGUGGUUUGCCUACCAUUGUUGAUGCGUGUGAUAUGUCCCCUGUAUGCAUGGCAAGGCAAUUGAUUCCGAUCCGACCCGCCGCGAUUUCUCGGUGUCUCUCUCACUUUGUACCCUACACUCAGGCGCUUUGGGUUUCGUGCUCCGCUAGUGGGAACAGGAACGCCCUGGCAAGGACCGGAUCAAUACAAAAUACC